GCGUGACGCAGCCGCGGGCUGGGAGGUUGGGGCGGAGAACGGGGGUGGGGGCCUGCGCUUUAUCUUCCUCCGUAGCCCGGCUGGCGGCGUAGCGGGCCGGCGAAGGGACAUCCUAGUCUCCGACCGUCCUGCGGCCGCCCAGCCUACCGCCUAGACCGCCGCAGCUGCCCUCCGCUCGCAGGAAGCUUGAUUGAUAGUGGGAGAAGAGAAGAUGUCACUAAGAAACCGGCUGUCAAAAUCUGGGGAGAAUCCUGAGCAAGAUGAAGCCCAGAAAAAUUUCAUGGACACAUACAGAAAUGGUCACAUUACCAUGAAACAAUUGAUAGCCAAGAAGAGGCUGUUGGCAGCAGAGGCGGAGGAGCUGAAGCCACUAUUUAUGAAGGAAGUUGGGUGCCACUUCGAUGACUUUGUGACCAACCUCAUUGAAAAGUCCGCAUCGCUGGACAAUGGUGGGUGUGCACUCACAACCUUCUCCAUUCUUGAAGAAAUGAAAAAGAACCACAGAGCCAAAGAUCUGAGAGCACCUCCAGAACAAGGGAAGAUUUUUAUUUCAAGGCAGUCUCUUUUAGACGAGCUGUUUGAAGUGGACCACAUCAGAACAAUUUACCACAUGUUCAUCGCACUCCUCAUCCUAUUCGUCCUCAGCACGAUCGUCGUGGACUACAUCGAUGAAGGAAGGCUGGUACUUGAGUUCAAUCUCCUGGCCUAUGCUUUUGGCAAAUUUCCUACUGUUAUUUGGACAUGGUGGGCCAUGUUCCUGUCUACACUGUCAAUCCCCUAUUUCCUGUUCCAGCGAUGGGCCCACGGUUACAGCAAGAGUUCUCACCCAUUGAUCUAUUCCCUUGUCCAUGGCUUGCUCUUCUUAGUCUUUCAACUUGGAGUUCUAGGUUUUGUGCCAACAUACGUUGUCUUAGCAUACACACUGCCACCAGCCUCCCGGUUCAUUCUGAUACUGGAACAGAUUCGUUUGAUAAUGAAGGCUCACUCAUUUGUCAGAGAGAAUAUCCCACGAGUACUAAAUGCAGCCAAGGAGAAAUCAAGCAAAGAUCCACUACCCACAGUCAACCAGUACCUGUACUUCCUGUUUGCGCCUACACUUAUUUACCGAGACAACUACCCAAGGACUCCUACUGUAAGAUGGGGUUAUGUCGCUAUGCAGUUUUUACAGGUGUUUGGCUGCCUGUUUUAUGUGUACUACAUCUUUGAGAGACUCUGUGCCCCACUAUUCCGGAAUAUCAAACAGGAGCCCUUCAGUGCUCGUGUCCUGGUCCUGUGUGUGUUUAACUCCAUCUUGCCAGGUGUCUUGAUACUGUUCCUUUCGUUCUUUGCCUUUUUGCACUGCUGGCUCAAUGCCUUUGCUGAGAUGUUACGCUUUGGUGACAGGAUGUUUUAUAAGGACUGGUGGAACUCUACAUCAUACUCCAACUACUACAGGACCUGGAACGUGGUGGUGCACGACUGGCUCUACUACUAUGUUUACAAAGACCUGCUCUGGUUUUUCUCGAAGAGGUUCAAAUCUGCCGCCAUGCUGGCCGUCUUCGCCCUGUCGGCUGUGGUGCACGAGUAUGCCCUCGCCAUCUGCCUGAGUUACUUCUACCCGGUGCUCUUCGUGCUCUUCAUGUUCUUUGGAAUGGCUUUUAACUUCAUUGUUAACGACAGUCGGAAAAGGCCAAUCUGGAACAUCAUGGUUUGGGCUUCUCUGUUCCUGGGCUAUGGACUCAUUCUGUGCUUUUAUUCUCAAGAGUGGUAUGCCCGCCAGCACUGUCCUCUGAAGAACCCUACAUUUCUGGAUUAUGUCCGGCCGCGGACCUGGACUUGUCGGUACGUGUUUUAGAAGCCCUGGCUCUGCCUCCUUGCUUGCCAUUGAAGAUUGGAUAUUCUUCCUGAUUCCGAGCCAGCCGUCUUCAGCGGUUACUGAAUCCCCACACUGCGGUGUUUGGGGCUCUCUAUCCUUUCUGAUGAUUCACCUGGAGUUGGGCUGUGGGAAGCCCACUUCGUGAUUUUUUUGUUUUGUUUUGUUUUGUUCCCUUUGGGGGAGAAAGGAGACUGACAGUUGAGAUAAUGGCAGAUUUUUGCAGGGUUAUCUCAGGUCAAGCCUUGGUAGUUUUAUCUGUUUAUUUCCUUGAUUCCAUCCAACCAGAGACUAAACAUAUCUUGACCAUGAGUUAGCCAAAACACUUAGGAAGACAUCAUUUCUGUAUCUCUGAGCAUAGAAGUUUUGUUCAUGCACAUUAUCAAGAGGUAUGCUAGUGCAAUUGAGAAGAAAGAAAUUUUGUUAUUUUUGGUAGAGAAAAAAAAAACCCUAUUUUCCAAAGAUAAUCUUGUUAUGCAUUCUGCUCGUCUCUUUUGUUGCUAUUCUGCUUUGCUUUGCUUCUGUGCUAGGAGUGGAACCCAGGGUCUCGCUCAGGGACAGCACCCUGAGCCACAGCCCAGGCCUUCCACUGUAUUUUUCUGAAAGUUCUGGUCUACUGUUUUGUUUUCCAUUUUCUGUAUAAGUUGUGAUUCUUUUAAAUGAUUAGUGUUCCCCUUGAACUCAAUGCUAGUACAAAUUCAAGGGUCAGAAGUAGAAAGGGAAAAAAGACAUUUCCUUUUGAAAUUUCAAAAGUCAUUUUAAUACAGACUCACUGAGCUGCCCAUGUGUUUUUAAUUGUGCUACCAUAGAAGUUCUGUGGAAGAUUUUAUUAUUGUUGGUUUGAUUUUGGUUUUUUAGAGGUGGGGUCUUGCUAUGUAGCCCAGGCUGGUCUUGAACUUGCUAUGUAGCCUGACUGGUCUUGAACCCCUGACCUCCUGUGUCCCAAGUGCUAGGAUCACAGAAGACAUCUCCAUGCCUGGCCAAGAUUUUUUUUUUUUUUUUUUUAACUUUUAGGUUAUAACUUCUUUGAAGUUACUUAGAAGUAUCCUUUGGUCUAAUUGCUUUAUUGUCUAAUGCGUAGUGACUUUCCUUGUUAUAGACUAGCGAGUCCAUAGUGGAAGUAUUAAUCUUUCUCUACUAAUAAUCCCAAAAUGGCUCCUAAGGCUCCAGAAGCUGGCUUCUGAAACAUCUGCUCAGUCAUUAUACUUUAUAUUUUUAGAUGAAAUAAAUGACUAUGUGAUCAUUUGUAAGGACAUGUACUCAUAUGUGACAUUUGCAAAUUGUGAGGCGCUCAUUCCUCACCUGGUGUGUCAGAAGGACCUGCUGUGCUUGUGUGCAAGGGUGAGCCUAUGUGUGCGAGGACUGUGCAUCAGAAAGGUACCACGGACCACAGAGUUCAAACCUUCUGCCCAAAGAAAUGAGCCGUACAAGUUGCUCACACACAAAAUCCCAUGGCACAGUCACUUUGGUGGUUUCCUGGCAACCAUCCGUACAGUUUUGGGAAGUCUUUUCAGAGUGGCUUUAAAAAUCACUUUUGAGUCUCACGAGAUCUGGAGGGCUCUUUUAUAAUCACUCUCCGCUAGGACCACAGGUCUCCAGGUUCCUUACCUACCUAUUGACCACUGCUGGGGAUGAAUAGUGGCUGUUUCUGUCAGUUCUUUGUUCCCAAACAAUAGUGUUCUGUGUUGUCACAGAACCAUAGCCCCUUGAUAAGUCUGUAAAGGCUUGUGUGUGUUGUUUUGUUUUGUUUUGUUUUUUUGUUUUUCGAGACGGUUUCUCUGUGUAGCCCUGUCUGUCCUGGAACUCACUUUGUAGACCAGGCUGGCCUCGAACUCAGAAAUCCACCUGCCUCUGCCUCCCAAGUGCUGGGAUUAAAGGCGUACGCCACCACCGCCCUGCUAAGGCUGUGACUUAAAGAUUAAAACAAGCUGGUUACUUUUGUGUGUAAUGGCAUUUUAAAUAUAAUGAGGGAACAGACCGGCCAGGGACUUGGUUAUAAGCCAGGCUUCUGAAGCAAGGGGAUGGGAUUUCAGAGGUGGGGGUGGGGGUAAGGGUGGGGAUGGGGGUGUCCCUUUCUUUGAAGUACUAGAUAUGCAUUUUUAGGAAAGGGCAUUACUUUGUAGCAGUUCUCCAUUCCAAUGUUGGACUGAUCAUGGCCACCCUUCCCCCUCACCCACUCUUUUUUGAGACAAGGUCUUUCUCUGCAACCAAGCUAGUGUGGACCUCACAUCCUCCUGCCUCAGCCUCCUCAGGUGCCAGAGUUUAUAAUAUAAGCAUGUGCUGCCUCAGAAGGCCUUUCAUUAGGAAUUCUUUUCCUGUCAAGAUUUUAGAUGAUAAUAAUGUGUGUAAGACUGCAAACUACUUAGCAUUCAAAGAGCGUCUUAGGACAACCUCAAAAAUACAAAACCCCAAACGAGGUGGCCACUUCUGUGAAAGAAGAUUGGGUUGGUAACCAUGACCACGUUGGCCGCAUUCGCAGGAGUCUUUUUUUUUUUUUUUUUUUUUUUUCAAACCAUGUCUGAACUCUUUAAAGAGAAAAUAAAACCAAACCUCUUGCUAGCAGUGUGUUCCAAGCUGGUUUGUUUAUUGUUUAUUAUUCCGUGUUGUGCCAAUGGGAGAAAGCUGUUUUCUCUUGAGGAUACUUCUUAUUUGUCUACAAAGUAAGGGGUUUAGUGUUUUCUAUAAGAAGUAUUAAUGCUGAUAACUGAUUUUAAGUGACCCAAGAAAACUACUGUCUCUACAGCCAUUUCACGUUGUAUUUGGAUGUCUGCUUCGGCCUUGUGCGACUUAUGUGUUGGACAUUUUUAUUCUCAGUCUCAGAUAAGAGGGAGAGGGAGCAAGUUUAGGGUUUUUUUUUGUUGAUGGAUGAAUGUAUUAAAAUUACCUGGGUAACAUUGCUUGCCUCGGGUUAGACUUUAUUAGAACACUAAGAC